AGCGGCGUCGCCGUGGGUCAGAUCUCAGCGCUCCCGCCCAGGCCAGGCAACCUCAACAUCCAACCCUGCUGCCGUCUCUCGGGCAUGAACGGGGCCAACCGCCGCGAUCUGCUGCUCCACCCUCUGCUGCCGCAGCAUCCGGACUGUGGGCCCUCGCCAGGAACAUGCCCCUGGCCGCCUAUUGCUUCCUGCGAGUCGUAGGCAGGGGCAGCUACGGGGAGGUGACGCUCGUGAAGCACCGGCAGGACGGCAGGCAGUAUGUCAUCAAAAAACUGAACCUCCGAAACACCACCAGCCGAGAACGGCGAGCUGCGGAACAGGAAGCUCAGCUCUUGUCUCAGCUGAAGCACCCCAACAUUGUCACCUACAAGGAGUCAUGGGAGGGAGGAGAUGGUCUGCUCUACAUCGUCAUGGGCUUCUGUGAAGGAGGUGAUCUGUACCGAAAACUCAAGGAGCAGAAAGGGCAGCUUCUGCCUGAGAGCCAAGUGGUGGAGUGGUUUGUACAGAUCGCCAUGGCUUUGCAGUAUUUACAUGAGAAACACAUCCUUCAUCGAGAUCUGAAAACUCAAAAUGUCUUCCUAACAAGAACAAACAUUAUAAAAGUCGGUGACCUGGGAAUUGCCCGAGUGUUAGAGAACCACUGUGACAUGGCUAGCACCCUCGUUGGCACACCCUACUACAUGAGCCCUGAAUUGUUCUCAAACAAACCCUACAACUAUAAGUCUGAUGUUUGGGCUUUGGGAUGCUGUGUCUAUGAAAUGGCCACCCUGAAGCAUGCUUUCAAUGCAAAAGACUUGAAUUCUUUAGUUUAUCGGAUUAUUGAAGGAAAGCUGCCACCAAUGCCAAGAGAUUAUAGCCCAGAGCUGGCAGAACUGAUAAGAACAAUGCUGAGCAAAAGACCUGAAGAAAGACCCUCUGUGAGGAACAUUCUGAGGCAGCCUUAUAUAAAGCGCCAGAUCUCCUUGUUUUUGGAGGCCACAAAGGCAAAAACCUCUAAAAAUACCAGUAAGAAUGGUGACUCUAAAUUCAAGCCUGUUGCUACAGUGGUUUCUGGAAAGGCAGAAUCAAAUCAUGAAGUAAUCCACUCCCAACCACACUCUUCCGAGGGCUCCAAGACAUUCGUAAUGGGUGAAGACAAAUGUUUUUCCCAGGAGAAACCCAUGGUCAUUGGUCACUUGAAGUCACCUGUCAGUCUGAAAGGCCACAUCUGCAAAACAGACAUGAGCAAUACCACAGAGUCACUAGCCACAAUCAGUAGGGUGAAUAUUGACAUUUUAUCUACAGAAAGGAGGGACUCAGUGAGUGACAAUUUAGUUCAGGAGAAUCAACCAAGAUACUUAGAUGCCUCUAAUGAGCUAGAAAAUAAAUGCAGUACUUCUGAAGUGAAGGAGAAGAGGCUGCAGGAUAACACUACGUCCAGUGCUCAGCCUGAAAAUCUGAUUACCACAUGGUCCUCUAAUGAUGUCACUGAGGAAAGGAAUGAACCAGUGAAGCCUCUGCAGCUCCUAAACAAAGACGAAAAGUCAAAAGAUCAGGAUCAAGUUGCUGGUGAAUGUAUUAUAGAAAAACAGGGCAGAAUCCACCCAGGUGUACAGCCACACAGUUCUGGGUCUGAACCUUCCCUGUCUCGACAGCGACGUCAGAAGAAAAGAGAACAUACCGACCACAGUGGGGGAAAGAGACAGUUCCAAGAGGCACCUUCUCCACUUUUGCCUUCUCAUCCCACUGUUGCAAAAGUGGAUAUCAUAUCAACACAAAAAGAUGCUGAAAACCAAAGUGGAGUGGUCACUGGGUCUGUGAACAGUUCAAGGAGCAGUGAGAUUUCAUCAUCAAAGGAUCGACCAUUAUCAGCAAGAGAGAGGAGGCGACUAAAGCAGUCACAGGAAGAAAUGUUCCCCACAGGCCCUUCAGCAAGGAGAGCUUCCUUGAGUGCAGCAGGGCCAGGGAAACCACAGGAAAAAGACCAGUCCAUCCCUACCCAACAGUUUUCUUCUAACUGCAGCAUUGCUCAGGUGCAUUACACACUCAUAAGAGACAAGGUGGACAUCACUACAUCUGGCAAGCCUAAUACAGUAAACCUUGAAAGGAAACUGAUUCACUGUCUGUCUGAAGAUGAGUUAAGUUCUUCUACAAGUUCAACUGAUAAGUCAGAUGGGGAUCCCAGGGAAGGAAAAGGUCAUACAAAUGAAAUGUGUGACUUGGUACAAUUGAUGACUCAGACCCUGAAGUUGGAUUCUAAAGAGAGCUGUGAAGACCUUUCUAUACCAAAUCCAGUGUCAGAAUUCAAACUUCAUCGGAAGUAUCGAGACACGCUGAUACUUCAUGGGAAAGUUGCAGAAGAGGCAGAGGAACUCCAUUUUAAAGAGCUACCUUCAGCUAUCAUGCCAGGUUCUGAAAAGAUCAGGAGAAUAGUUGAAGUCUUAAGAGCUGAUGUAAUCCAGGCCCUGGGGGUUCAGCUUUUAGAGCAGGUUUAUGAUCUUUUGGAAGAGGAGGAUGAAUUGGAGAGAGAGGUACAUUUGCAGGAGCACAUGGGCGAAAAGUAUACAACUUACAGUGUGAAAGCUCGCCAGUUGAAAUUUUUUGAAGAAAAUGUGAAUUUUUGAGGAUUUGUCCUAAUCUGCUGACAGAACUAAAGACCUAUUUUUAAAGGUUUUUGGCUUAAAAACAAACGAUAACAAUCAUUUGGAGGCGCUUCACCAUCCUUUUUAUAUCUCUUUGGGGUUUUCUUACUGAAAAAAAAUUGGAUAGGACAGAGUAACAUGAAGCAAGCUCACAAAGGAAAAAACCUUUGGCUUUCGUAUUCUUUUUAUGAGGAAAAAUCUGUUAUGUUUGAUUACCAUUUACUGAGCCUUAAACCACCAACCUUAUAUCUAGAACUUUAUUUUUUUACGAUACUAAUUAGCUUGAAAACAGGGCCAUAAAAUAUUAGACUGGAAGUUUUAUAUUGUACUAUAGUGAUAAAAGCAAUAGGAGAAACAAAUAAUAUGUCCAGCAAUAAUACCUGCUAUUGGUUUUUUUUUGUUUUGUUUUGUUUUGUUUUUAAAGAUGACCGGUAAGGGGAUCUUAACCCUUGACUUGGUGUUGUCAGCACCACGCUCAGCCAGCAAGCUAACCGGCCAUCCCUAUAUGGGAUCUGAACCCGGGGCCUUGGUGUUCUCAGCACCGCACUCUCCCGAGUGAGCCACCGGCCAGCCUCCUGCUCAAUGGGGAGUAAUUGAUAAAUUAUAAAAAAGAAAAAAGUCAAUUCAUAAUUCUGGGAAUAGAUUUAAUGAAUAUGAAGUUCUAUCUAGUACUUAAGC